ACAGCGGCCUAUAUAGGGUUCUCUUCCCCUUCUUUCUUUUCCUCUUUUCCUCUGCUUCUUGGCGUCCGGGAAAAAUCUCCGAUCGGCGAAGGGAAAGAUAAGGAGAAGCAGAGAAGCCGGAGAUGGUUGAGACUAGGCGGAGCUCCGCCGCCGCGGCGGUGACUACGAAACGCGCUUCCCCAUCUCAUUCUGCCUCUCCCCGAGAGGCCAAACGUUCAAAGGCCGAGACGGGGGCGGCGUUGCCGAGGGAGGAUGAACCGAAGCAGGUGCCCGCCGAUCCGAGCGCUGCCGCCGAUCCACCAAAGGAGCCCGCUGAUCAAGUGCCGGUAGCUGAGUUGCUGCAAAACGGAGAGCAGACUGUUGUCGGUUUGUCUGCAUCAGAAAAGACAACGCCGGUAGAAACGGAGGAGUCGGUGAAAACUCUUUUUCUAUCAGAUCUGCGCAUGAAGCAGUCAGGGAAAGGGCGGGUGAAGGCCCCUGCUUGGGGCAAACUUCUUUCCCAAUCUUCUCAGAAUCCUCACCUUCCUAUACGAGGCUCUCCUUUCACUGUUGGCUAUAGUAAAAAAUGUGAUUUACAAUUGAAAGAUCCAUCUGUCAGCACUACUUUGUGUAGACUGAGUCAAACUAAGUGUGCUGGUGUACCGGUUGCCUUGCUUGAAACCUUAGGUGCCAAAGGCGUUGUCCGAGUAAAUGGAAAGACCAUUGAGAAAAAUUCAUGUGUUGUCCUCGCUGGAGGGGAUGAGGUUGUUUUUAGUUCAUCUGGGAGACAUGCUUACAUUUUUCAACAUCUUCCUACUGAAAAAACAAGCACCCCAGCUUUGCCUUCUACGCACAGUACUUCAGAGGCACGUAGCAGUCCUGCAAAAGGAAUCCACUUUGAGGCCAGAUCUGGAGACCAUUCAGCUGCCACUGGUGCAUCAAUACUGGCAUCUCUAUCAGCUUAUAAAAAAGAUCGGAUGGUUCUUCCUCCAUUGGCACAUAAUGGAUCUUCAUCCGACUUGGAGCUGCGUGGAGGUGCCUACAAAAUGUUUGAGGAUCAAAGGGAACUUCUCAAGGAUCUUGGUUCUCUGGCAACAUUACCUUCCACUAGUUGUCAAGCCUUUAAGGAUAGUUUGAUGCAAGGGAUUAUUGAUGCCAACAAUAUCCAAGUCUCCUUUGAUAAUUUUCCUUACUAUCUGAGUGAGAAUACAAAGAAUGUGCUUCUAUCAUGUGCAUUUGUUCACCUGGAGUGCAAGGAAUUCUUGAAAUAUGCGACAGAUAUUUCAUCUUUGAGCCAGCGUGUGCUGUUAUCUGGUCCAGCAGGAUCUGAAAUAUAUCAGGAAACUUUAAUAAGGGCACUUGCCAAACACUUUGGUGCCAGAUUGCUUAUAAUAGACUCUCUCCUCUUACCGGGUGGUCCAUCUUCUAAGGAUUCAGAAUCCGUUAAAGAAGGUACAAAGGCAGAUAAACCAGGCAUAUUUGCUAAGCAGCGAGCUGCACUAGUUAAAUCUUUCCAACUUAAGAGACCAACUUCUAGUGUGGAGGCUGAUAUUGUGGGGACAUCUACAUUUAAUUCCCAGUCUUUGCCAAAGCAAGAGUGCUCAACAGCCUCGUCAAAGGCCUACCCCUUUAAAGAAGGUGAUAGGGUAAAAUAUAUUGGUCCUCUGCAAUCAGGAGGACUUCCCCUUCAAGGUCAGAGUGGUCCAAGUUAUGGUUAUCUGGGAAAAGUACUCCUUGCUGCUGAAGAAAAUGGAUCCUCUAAAAUUGGUGUUAGAUUUGAUAAGCAAAUUCCUGAAGGAACCGAUCUUGGGGGCCUGUGUGAAGAAGAUCAUGGUUUCUUUUGUGCUGCGGAUUGUCUUCGCCUGGAUUUUCCCAGAUGUGAAGAUACUGAAAGACUAGCCAUCAAUGAAAUACUCGAGGCUGUAUCUGAAGAAAGUCAACGUGGCCCUUUAAUAAUAUUUUUGAAAGAUAUAGAGAAAUCUGUAGCUGGAAGCACAGAUUAUCAAACUAUGAAGAGUAAGCUUGACCUUAUGCCAGCAGGUGUUCUUGUAAUUGCCUCCCAUGCCCAGGUGGACAACCGAAAAGAAAAGUCACAUCCUGGUGGUCUGCUCUUCACAAAAUUUGGAUGCAACCAAACUGCACUGCUUGACAUUGCUUUCUCGGAUACCUUUGGUAGGCUGCAUGAGAGAAGUAAAGACACUCUGAAGUCAAUGAAGCAACUAACUAGACUUUUUCCAAAUAAGGUUACUAUACAGCUUCCUCAGGAUGAAGCUCAACUUUCAGAGUGGAAAAAACAAUUGGAUCAUGAUGUCGAAACUAUUAAAGCCAAAUCCAACAUUCUGAAUAUUCGCACUUUUCUAGACCGCAUUGGAUUGGAGUGCAGUGAUCUUGAAACAGUGUGUGUAAAAGAUCAAACACUUACAAAUGAAAGUGUGGAUAAGAUAGUUGGUUUUGCUCUGAGCCAUCACCUUAAGAAUAAUACAACAGUAGCAUCUGCAAAGGAUACUAAGCCUGUACUCUCCAGUGAAAGCAUUAAACAUGGACUUAAUAUGCUACAAAGCAUCCAAAGCGAUGCGAAGAGUACAAAGAAAUCACUAAAGGAUGUUGCCACUGAGAAUGAAUUUGAGAAGCGACUUCUAGCUGAUGUUAUUCCACCUAAUGACAUUGGCGUUACCUUCGAUGACAUAGGAGCUUUAGAAAAUGUGAAAGACACGCUGAAGGAAUUGGUGAUGCUUCCAUUGCAAAGACCAGAAUUGUUUUGUAAAGGACAAUUGACAAAGCCUUGUAAAGGAAUACUGCUCUUCGGUCCUCCUGGUACGGGGAAAACGAUGCUUGCUAAAGCUGUUGCAACAGAGGCAGGUGCAAACUUCAUCAAUAUAUCAAUGUCAAGCAUCACUUCAAAGUGGUUUGGUGAAGGCGAAAAAUAUGUCAAAGCAGUCUUUUCUUUAGCAAGUAAAAUUGCUCCAAGUGUUGUUUUUGUGGAUGAGGUUGACAGUAUGUUGGGGAGGCGUGAAAAUCCUGGAGAACAUGAAGCCAUGCGCAAGAUGAAAAAUGAAUUUAUGGUGAACUGGGAUGGGUUGCGCACGAAGGAUAAAGAACGUGUGUUGGUGCUUGCUGCAACUAAUAGGCCUUUUGACCUGGACGAGGCUGUUAUAAGGAGACUUCCUCGGAGAUUAAUGGUGAACUUGCCUGAUGCAUCAAACAGAGAGAAGAUUCUUAGAGUAAUAUUGGCCAAAGAAGAUUUGGCCCCUGAUGUUGAUUUGGAAGCACUAGCUAACAUGACUGAUGGAUAUUCAGGAAGCGACCUAAAGAAUCUUUGUGUUGCUGCUGCACAUCGCCCCAUCAGAGAAAUAUUAGAGAAGGAAAAGAAGGAGAGAAGUGUGGCAUUAGCAGAGGACAAGCCUUUACCUCCUUUGCGGGGUUGUGAGGACAUUCGUGCUCUGAACAUGGAUGACUUGAAAUAUGCGCAUGAGCAGGUGUGUGCAAGCGUAUCAUCUGAAUCAACAAAUAUGAGUGAGCUACUGCAAUGGAACGAGCUUUAUGGAGAAGGUGGAUCCAGGAAGAAAAAGGCACUCAGCUACUUCAUGUAGUGGAAUUAUCUAUUUGUACAGCUCCCUAUCUUCCAUUUUUUUCCCUUUUCCUUUUUUUUCUUUUCAUUUUAAGCGCUUCUGCAGAAGUCAGGAAGAUUGGGGAUCAGUAUAGGCAGUGCUCUUCUUCAAAUUAUUAAUGUAGCAUAUGCGUGACUCGUUUAUAAAUUUUUAAUUAUAUCAAAAUUAACUUAUGUUAGAUAAUUGUUGCAA